AUGCUCUGAAGAGUGGUAAUCGUCUGUAACAAACUAAUCACUGAACAUUCUACAAAAUGCGUACCAUCGGUGCCGUCUUUCUGGCUGUCCUGUGUUUGAUCGCGGUCAUCCCAACAGGAUACAGUUUCCCAGCUGAGGAACCGAAUACUUUGUUUGAUGAACUGGUUGCUGGGUCCAGCGAUGGCGUUGAAGCGCCGAACGUCCGUGCCAAGCGGGCAACCUGUGAUCUGUUGAGUUUCCUCAAGGUCAAUGAUGCCGCCUGUGCUGCCCAUUGUAUUGUUAAGAAGUACAAGGGUGGCUAUUGUAACGACAAGAAGGUUUGCGUUUGUCGUAAAUAAAUACGAUGCAACGAAUGCAAUUUGCAAGGCGACCCAUCCUGUGUCCCGAUGUGAGGUAUAGUGUUUGAGUUAUAAUUUUUUCAAAACAUACUUAAAAGUGAAGCUGAGCAAUUUUCGGAAGUCCAUGAACUCAAGAGAACCUAAGGUGUUUAACAGUGAAGCAUUAACGAGUGUUGUGUUGUAAUUUGAUUUUCAUUAUAUGAUUAUUAUAAAAUAAAUAAUAGGGAGUAGCUACAGAAGGAAAGGGCUUGUAUAUGAGUAUAUUUGUCGGAUAAUAAGAGACAGACGGCAAAAGCAUGAUAAAAUAGAUAUAACUAUUGAGUUUUUGGAAAGUAUGUGAGAUUUUUGGAUGAAAAUGAAAUUGAAAUGAAAAUGAACUCUCUACAGAAAAUGCAAUAAAAUCUUUUAAUUCC